AAUUUGUCCGCCGCCUCAGUCGCGUUCAACGCGCCCUACGAUCAAGUGUGUUCUCGUUCAUUCUCACCCCGUUUUCUCAGUUUCCCAUCACACAUUCUCGUCCCUCGUCAAAGAUAAACCAUUCAAACUCUGUGAUUUUUACUCAACGAAAACGACAGUCAAACAUUUAACGUAAACCCAGGAAUCGAAGGUGAACGCACCUCGGCUUCGAAUUCCCUUUUUUAAUUUUAGUAACGAGAAUCAAUUUUGCUUUUUCUUUAAAGCAAGGAGGAGGAGCCUACAAUCAAAAACCGUGUGCAAUUGGUUUUCUUGAUAACUCUUCGGGGGUUGCUUUUCCGCUUACUUGGUAGUUAACAUUGACGUCUGACAGAGAUUAAAUUCGAUUAAAUCGGAAGCCAACAGAUUCUAGAGGCUAGAUUCUUUUCCUAUACUUGUUUUCUGCAAUAUUUCAUUGACGCAACCGCGAGCGAAAAAGUGACGCCGCAAACACUUCUCUCUUAGUGACAGGUGACAAGCCGAGAAAUGAAAGAACAAAACCUGUUGCGGGAUGAAUUACUGACACGUUGUCGUUGCAACGUUUCGGCGAUGGACAGUUUUUCUCUAAACCCGAUCCUUGUUUUUACAACAAAACGAAAACGAAUAAUUCAACACUUCUUUUAACUCCGAACGUGUCUCUAAUUGUGCAUUCAAUGUUCCUUUAAUCAAAUGAGUUCGUUCAUUAGAUGCAAAAUUAAAGCAUGAAAAACAUUCGAAAUUGGUUCAAUGUCUUUUGUAAACUUCGACAUCAAUCCUUCCAUCAAUUAUUCAUUUCCUCGACAUGCUCUCACGGUUAAUUCAAUUUUCUUAAUCAGAUGCUUUUAUAAAACAGUUCAUUUAAGCCUUCAAAGGGGAAAGAUCAUAUGCUAGCUCGAUAAAGAAAAGCAUUUAAAAUUAAUUCAUAAACGUUGAUAUUUUUUGUAAUACUUUCAUACAUGAUAUUUGAGCAAAAUUGUAUUCUGAACAGGCGACGUGUAAGGGUCUCAAAAUUCUGUGUUCACUGGAUGGCAUCAAAAGCUUCCCAAACAAUGACAGCGUUUUUGAAUAGAUAAAAAAACAAAAAACUAUCAUCGUGCAGAUAUUCUAUCGACAUGUGGCAGAAUCGUAGCUGCUCGUAGCCAAGAACUCAGUGAAAAAUCGAUCAAGAGAUGAAAUCGUCGGACGCUUAGCCGAAGUUCAGUUAAGCCAUGAAUUGUUCGCGUCGACUAAAAACUUGAGGAUCGCGAGUUGAAGACCCGCAAACGACAUGUCCGUGGGAAGAAAAGUCGAGCCGGUGGCCGGUAAUCAAACGUUUUUAAUAAACGACGAGGACGAGGAAAACUCGGUUCGAAGGAAUCGCACAGAAGAGGAUUACCGGCUGACGGAUCUCUCGAACGGCACGCUGUUUGAUGUCAACGCGACGGACGAGAUCGACUCCUUCUACUUCUACGAGACGGAACAAUUCACAGUUUUGUGGCUGCUGUUCGUGAUGAUAGUCGUGGGUAAUAUCGCGGUGCUAAUUGGCCUGCUUUGGGGCAAAAGGCGGAAAACGCGCAUGGACUUCUUUAUCAAACAACUAGCAUUCGCCGAUUUAUUGGUCGGCCUAAUAUCCGUGCUGACGGAUAUAAUUUGGAGGACGACGGUAACCUGGCACGCGGGCAACAUCGCCUGCAAGUUGAUAAGGUUCAUGCAAGCCGUCGUUACCUAUAGCUCCACAUAUGUACUCGUCGCCUUGUCGAUUGACAGAUACGAUGCCAUCACUAGGCCCAUGAAUUUCACCGGCAAGUGGUGGAGAGCCAGGGCUUUGGUGGUCGCUGCCUGGAGCCUAUCAGCGUUGUUCAGCGUGCCGAUUAUUUUCCUUUACGAAGAGAAACCUAUACAGGGGAAGACACAGUGCUGGAUAGACCUCGGCUCUCCGAUGCUGUGGAGGAUCUACAUGAGCCUGGUCAGCUUCACCCUCUUUAUAGCCCCUGCUCUGAUAAUAGGGAGCUGUUAUGCUGUGAUCGUAGCUACUAUAUGGUCGCAGAGUGGAGUGUUACGUCAGGGACCCACCAGGGACACCAGGAGAGCCUCGUCCCGUGGACUUAUUCCCCGAGCCAAAGUUAAGACGGUCAAAAUGACUCUCGUCAUAGUAUUCGUAUUCAUUUUGUGCUGGAGCCCGUACAUAGUGUUCGAUCUUCUGCAAGUCUAUGGCUACAUUCCAGAGACGCAGACCAACAUCGCCGUGGCCACUUUCAUCCAGAGUUUGACACCUCUAAACUCGGCCGCGAAUCCAAUUAUAUAUUGUCUGUUUAGUACAUCGUUUUGUAAAACCGUACGGAACACGCAGGCGAUUUCAUGGGUUUCCAGUUGGUGCGCGACGAAUCCUCACCACUGUUUCGGCACUGGUGGUCCGAACAGCAAUACGAGGACGACGGUGACUACUUCGUUGACGGCGCAGUCCUCGAGACGAAGCGGUCACAUCGGUAUGCUACACUCCACUACCAGGAAACAAGUGAUGGUAUCUUUGGUGUAAAGACUACGAAAUCUGAUAAAUCUAAAAUUCUUCUGCCUAAUGGCUCUUCCCGAGCUCCUAAUGAGACCACAAGUAUUAAGAGCUUUCGAAAUUAUGUCUGAUCUAUUACAUUCCCCUUUCAAUAUGUAUAGAGUCACGUACGCUCUUUUUCAGUCUUGCAUUUUAUUACAUCAUAUUCCUUGUAUUUUCAAAAUAAUCAUGUCGUAAGUAAAUUAUUGUCUUCAUUAUUUAUGUAUUAACGGUAAAAGGCUUGAGAAGGUGGAUUAUGUUGAUUUCUUCCUAUACAAUGUAUUAAGGAAUCGGGGAUCGUGAUGGAAAGCAUAAUUUAGGAGGCCGCAUUAAGUUGUUAAUAAAAUAAGUUUUUUAUGCUCGCAUUUACGUGUGUUAUCAGUAUUUGAGGCGACGUCGUGGGCCGCGAAUGUAUUUUUCAUCCUCCAGUCAAAUUGAAAAGAGAGAGAAUACAUUAGUUGAAACAGGAAUUAUAUGAAUAAUUCGUAACAGUACGUCGCAGUUGGUUAAACAAAUUCCGCCCUAACGAAGCCGUUGAAAACUGUCUAAGAAGGAUGAAAGAAACAUUGAAGAUCGGCAAUCGAUCAGCCUACGUGGAAAAUGAUACGCUCAAAGUAUACAUGUACAUAUAUACAUAGCGAAUGAACGGUAGUUUUGUAUACAUACGUACACACGUACUUACGUAUGUCGCAGACACGCGUGUAAUCAUAAAUGUGUAAUAUAUUCAUGUAUUCCAUCCAUGCGCGACCGGGUAAUUUUGUUAGAACCGAUAAAAUGUACGACUUGUAUAACGAAAUUAAAUUAUCUUUGUACCUAGCACAGAUUAAUCGAAACAUCCCCUUAAUAACGAACCUUUAACGAAAUUCUGUUAACGAUUUUAAUUUGCAACAAUAAAUAUAAAAGAGAAAAUCUGUUCUCGCUUUCAACCCUUUCUACUAUCGCGAUUCAAGUGUACAGUAAAUCUCGUUUGUAACUUUCACGUUAUUCGUGAUGCUUUUGAAAUCAUUUGACAAUUGUAAGCGAAUUUCUGAAUUAUUAGCAGACUGCAGAUUUGAUCGAAAAUGUACGCAAUAUGCGAGAACACAGCGUCAAAAGUAUAAUACACAUCAUUAUUUUUGAAGAGUAAAAUAAAUAUAGUUUCAGUUCGCAUAAAAGUCCGCAGUCUCAUUAAUUUUUAUUGUGUCCAAUUGAAACAGGGAAGUCCAAAGUGAUAUACACAUAUUUUCACUGGUGUAAAACGAUUUGUACAUACUAUCGAAUAAAUUUCGUCCACGACAAA